UUUGUUUUUCCCUAUAAUUGUUAAAGAAAAUUAGUGAAAACUUAAAUUAAAUUUAAAACAACUGUAACUGUAACCUUAACAUUUCAACAUAAUUUAUUCAACAGUUUUUCUUGGUAUUAUUGUUGUUGCUGCUGCUGCUGUUCAUCUCAUACUUUUACUUCAAUUUAACUUGAUUACUGGCAAAAGUUCGUUUAUUUAAUUUGCUUGGCAAAAAGGAAAUUCAUUUGACUACCGACAAGAAGAGGUAUUUAAUAUGUUAUUGUUGUUGUUACUGUUAGAAAAAAAUACCUAAAAACAAACAAAACACAUAUACAUAUACAUACAAAAUAAUAUGUAAAUAAGUGUUAUUUAGAGCAAAAGUAAGCGUGUGAAAUUAUUUACAUUUCGUGAGUUUUUUUCCUCUAUUCACAUCAACAAAAAGAAGAAGAAGAAAAAUAAUAAAAAAGUGCUAAAUACAACAACGACAAGUGAAACAUGAAAAUUAUGAAAUCAAAAAUCUAAGGAGGCAAAGAAAAUUCUGAAAACUUCAGACAAAUAAACACAGCGAAAAGUAGUAUACAAAAAAAAUUGCAUACACAUUUACAUACAUACUUUUAAAUAUAGAACAACAAAAACAAACACGCAUAUAUAUAUGUGUGUGUGUUUGCGAGAGUGUUCCAAAAAAUCAACUAGUAGAAAGUCAAAAGUUAAAGAAAACAAACAAUUUCAAAAGAAAUAAUUUUCCUACAUUUUUCUUUCCUUUUUAAUCAUUUUGUUGCCAGUGUGUGUCUAGAAGUUUUCGUCCUGCUGUUGCUUCAUUUUGAAUUUGAAUUCGACUUUUUCAUCAUUGCCAUUCAAUUUCAUUUAACACAAAAAGAAUAUAAAAAUAAAUAAAAAAAAUAUAAUAAUAAUAAUUUUUACGUGUUAAAUUUACAUUAAAUAACAUCUAAGAGAAGGCAUAAGAAGAUGUUCCUAUAGAAAUGGCAAAAAUUUCACGACGUGCUGUUGCCUCGUCGUCUUCAAAUAGUGCUGCGAUAACGUCGUCCUCUUCCUCUACAUCUGCACAUACGUCAACAUUGUCGUCGUCGGGAUCAACAGCCGCCACCGCCGCAUAUAAGACGUCUCAGCAGGCAGUAUCUUUCGAAGGACGUACAAAUGCCAACAGUAUUAUAAAUGAAGGUAAAUCGGCGAGAUCGGUGCCCUCGGGUGCUACACAUUUUAUUGAUACUCCUUUGGGUGGUUAUGCGAGUGCCUCAGCUACAGUUACUGCUACGCCAUAUCCAUUACGAAAUGAUGGUACACAAUUUACAACAACACAUAGUAAUGUGUAUGCCUAUACAACAACGAUUGGACCUAAUAAAAAUAUGCCGUAUACUGCCUCACCCCUGCCUCCGAAUAAUGCAACUAUACAAGAGCAAUUAUAUCAACAGGAACGUGACCGCAUACGUAGGGAAUUCUUUGAGACUUACGACGUUAUGACCGGUGUCCGUAUAGCCGCUACUUUGGGUGGUUUCUUUGGUCUUAUGGUGUUCUUGAUAGUGUGGAAAAGUCGCAGUAGCUCAAAUGAGACUUUAAAGGUUUUAAAAGAUCCGAAAAUGGCUGCUGUUGCCGCUGUUUGCAUGCAAGAAGAAGAGGAACGUGAAAUACAAGAAGCCAUGGUUGCCACCGGUAUGUCAAUAUAUCCCGAUGAAUAUGAUACUAUACUCUACAGACGUCAACGUAUGCUUUCCCUGGGCAAUGUCAGUGCACCGCCUAUGCUUAAUAGAGGCUUUCGUUUCUCUUCGGUAGGCGGUGGCUAUAGUAGUUUACUGGAACCACCAAGAAGAUUUUCAUUUUCAGCUGCUUCGGGUGCAUUGAGUAUAGGUGGCGGUAGUUAUGCCGGCAGUCGAAGGCGUAGUGGUUCCGAGACGUCACGUAUAUUUAGUAAUUACCCUAUGGGUAGUAGUUUUGGUACCGAUGACUAUUUUGUCGAAACGGAUGAUGAAUUGGAAAAUGGCGAUUAUCAGCAGCGAGAGACUACGGUUCAUAUGGAAGAUGUGGGGAAACGUUAUAAGCGCACGGAUUCGGUUAAGAGUAAACAGGGGUUUCUUGAAGUGCCGUUAAUGGGUCAAGACUCGCGACGCAGCAGCGCCAUGACCUGCUGCAGCACUGACAGUUCUUAUUUGGAAAGACGUUCUUCUGCCUUUACGUUGGGUAUGUCAAACCUGCCGCCAUCAUUACAGCGAAAAUGUUCAACAGCUUCACGAGCAUCGAGUACCGAUAUAUGGGAUUAUUAUUAUCCCGAUAUACAAGUUAUACAGCCCACUCCAAAGCCAUCACCUUGCCCCUCCGAACGCAGUAUCUACGAACAAUUGAUGGCUCAGGCGCCAACACCAUCACAGCAGCAGCAAUCUCAGGCUUCCAAAACAACGACUAUAACUAUAGCAAUGGAAACAUCAUUGCGAGGUCUGGCCACAGUAACAACUGCCAGUAAACCCGCCUCCAAACCCAUUACAUCACUAACAACAACGGCUUCAGCAAAUGCCAAUGGUUUGGCGUCAUCGAAAGCAGCCGCAACGCCCACAACUUCCAAUCAGUUUAUACGAAAGCAUAGUAUAGCAUUCUAUGAUCCAGAAAGUGCACAGUCUGGUCGCAAACAACAAAUUCACUCAAUAAGCGCCGACACCGUAGACGUCUAUCCCUAUAAUCAACCAUUGACUGAAAGAGGUAUUUAUGAUGCCUCGAAACCAGCACAAUCUGCUCCUCCGGUGGGUGUGCAUCACGGCUUCCGUUUUUCGGAUUCCCCCACUGAGGAGCUGCGUCUUAAUGUGAAACGCAAAAUUGCGGUAAUGGAACUUCCACGCAUACCAUAUCCCGAACAGGACACACCGCCCAGUUUAGCGGCAUUUGCCUGUGAGAAUAACAAUAGUUUUCCAUAUUCAAAUUCCGCAGCUGCCAAGGCUGCGGCUAAUGCCGCCAAUUCUAGUAGCAUAAGUAUUGAUAGCACCCCCUUAAGUAUUGAUAAGCUCAAUGGUAGUGGCAGUUUGGGUACUAUUUCUGCCAAGGCUUUAUUCAAUGCCGAUAAGAGAGCCCCUUUGGCAUCAUUAAGUUCCUUUAAGAUUUCAUCUUUGGAAUAUCAAGAUUCUGAACUAAGAUCUAUGGAUGAAGAUUCGGUAUUUCUAGACAGUGUGGCAGAUACCGAUGAAGAUAUGCAGCAGUUAAGCAGCGACAGUGAAGAAGCCAGUUUUCCAGAAGAUCAAAAUUUAGAAGCUGCGGAUAGUUUGAUAACAGCAACUAAGCAACAGGAUAGUGUGGAACCCCUUGCCACCGUAAGAAGAACUACGAACGCAACCACAUCGAGAUAUCCCCUGGAGAAACGUUACAGUUUAGAAGUUUCCAAUGCCAACACUCCAAUAACCACCAGUUCACCCACUGUAGGGGGACUUGUCAGUGGUAUGCCCAUAACUGCCAGUGCGCGUGUACGUAGAUCAUUGCUACAGCGUCAUCGCACCAUAAGCGUGUCUUCCAGUGAUCGCGUAGCUUUACUGGGUCAGCCUCUAAAAGAAUUUUCCUCGAGUACAGCUCAAACAUCAAACACGUCAUUAGAUACCAAACAACAGACACCAUUGGAAACCCAUUUUGGUGCCAUUAUUUGUACAAACAGUCCUCCAACACAUCCCCGGCGAGCACAACUACUGCAACAGUACAGCGACCCACAAAGUCUGCCAACAACUACAACUACCACCACAAACACCACAGAGGAGGAUACCUGCUCCACCCUGAAUACCGAAGUGGGCUUGGGCCCAGACACUGUGGCCGAUAUACGCGAUGCAAUAACGGGCGGCAGCACUGAGACUGUAGCAAUGGGUAGUAGCACAACGAGGGGCUCCACUAGCCUUACCCAGCACAGUAGCUUAAAUACGGUUGUGAGUUUUGGUCGUUCCAGUCCUUACGGUGAUUCACAGCACCUGCAUCAGAAUCAGCUUCACCAACAACAAAAACAACAACAUCAUCAUCAGCAUUCUCAGCAAAAACUGCCAAUUUCAACAUCAACCCAAUAUGAUCCUUGUGCCUCUUCUAUUUCCGAUUCUUUUAUACAAACAAAGGAACCUUUAAUAAAAAUGCCUUCUUCUCUUAAAAGCCUGAUACUACAACAUAAACCAUCAUCUGCUACACAACAACAACAACAUCAACACACUGUUACACCCAUAACAAUAAGCCGCAGUGCCACAAAUCUUACCUAUACCGAUUCAACACCCCAAACACCAGACGAUUAUUGUUAUGCAUUCGAAACACAACACAGUCCUUGUCCUUCGGUAAUGCUAGAAUUACCCCUCAUCCGUUUGCCAACCGAAGAUAGUUCGACCGAGAACUCACAAGCAUCUGAACACACUAAAGGUGCCGAUCAGGACUUUAGUCGUAGCUGUAAGAAUGAUCAACCAAGUGAUCCCAGUUUACCGGGUUCAUCACGUAAAUGGUCCAAAGAAACAUUAUUCUAGCUAACAGUUUUUCUAUGUCUACCAUCAACAAUAUCAGUUUGUUUAGUUUCUAAUAUUGUUCGUCUUCGACAUUUGAUAGCUUUCAUUUAAAGAUCACUUUACAUGAGAACAUACAUACAUUCAUACAUGUAAAAUGACUAUUUAAUAUGGCGGUAUAAAGUUACUUUAGAUAGAUAGAGCUGUAGAGGAAUUUUAAUUUAUUUUAGAAAUUUUUUAAUUAAAUUUCUAAUAUUAACUUAAACUUACAAUUUUAACUACAGUUAAAGCUAAUGCCAGUUUAAGCUAAUGUUUAAAAUUUUGUUUUAAACUUACAAUCAAAACUUGUCUCCAAAUUCAUAAAUGCUUAAUAAAGUUAUUGAUGGUUUAUUGUAGGAAUUUUGUAUGGAAGAUGUGCGUAAUUAACCUAAAAUAAGCGAUUUAUAUCUUUAUAAUUACGGGGGAUACCCCCGUCUUUAACUUACAGUUAAAUCUAGUAUCGUAAACUUGCAUUUUAAACUUGUAUUUCAGACUUACAGUUUAAACUUGUGUUUUAAACUUAGAGUUUAAACUUAUGUCUUAGAGCGGGUAUUUCAGUUAAAAAUAAUAUACAUUCUUUGUUUAAACUUAGUUUAAUAUAUGUUUUGUGUUUUUCAGAAAACA